UAAAGUGAAAAAGGAGGUGUGGAAAGGGGCAGUUCAGGGGUUGGGGGUAUAUAAAGCAGCCUGAGCACAAGCCUUGCUUUAUUCUCUCUGUGUCUCUCAGUGAGAAACUAAACCUGAUACAUACUCUUUAACACUACACAGGCUUCAGCAGGGACAUACUCAAGAUGGAAGUGUUUAACUGGAAAAAGACAAACUGCUACACUAUUCUGGCUCUGGCCUCAGUCCUGUGUACCGUUAUUUUCCGAGGUGUGACCUGCCAAGAAAACGCCAUCACACCUGCUCACAGUAAUAUCAGCAAGGAAAUUUUUCAAAGCAUUCAUGCAAAUGUGCGUGGUGAUGCCAUUCCUCAAACAUCAGCAGUCCCAGGAGUAGGCAAUCCUCAACGUGUGGUUGAAUUUCCCAGUCCAACUGAUUUGUCGCCUACAGUGGUUAAGGAACAGACCACUGAGUCCAGCACAGGGACAAAACCUAAAGACAUGCACAUCACACCAUCCCCACAACAUGGCAUUCCAGAUUUUGCUGAACAUUCCAGAUUCUCACAGACUAGCAAAGUGGUAUGUGUGGAUGAAGCUGCAGUGAGAGACAAAGAUGCAGUGAAGCUGAAGCUGAAGACCAUCUCCAACUGUGAGGAGAGCAAGGCAAAGAUUCAGAGCAUUCUGGAACAUCUGGGUUGUAACGGCAGCAAGCUUGAAAUCUAUCAGAAGGACCACACUAACGAGAUGAUCAUAUCUGGAGAAUGUGUAGAAGGUGAUGUCAAAGGAAUGACCAACAAGUUUGGCAAUGAUAAUAUCAGCGAUAAGGUUGGCAUUUUAGAGGCAGAGCCUGUCUUAGUGACUCACUCUCAAAUUGUCCUGAUCUCAAUACUCAUCACUGGUCUGCUACUUGCUGCUCUGCUGAUUGCUGGAUAUAUCCUGAAAACCCGCCACACAGAAGCCAAAGGAGCAUGUCUGGGUGAAGAGUUGUUCCAGGUGGAUGAACAGAACCAAGGCAAUACGCUAUUGUCUGUUGCCCCACUGCCCCCUCAAGAACCAGUAGAAAAGCUCACUAGCAAUGGCGAGUCCUUAGAUUCACCCCCCACUAAUGGCCACUCAGCUACCCAAACACCAGUAGCUGAUUCUGAGAUGUAAACACUGGCUCCAUCAGUUGUGAGGACGAAUUGAAGAUUUACACCCACCUCAAUUUACACAAUCCAAAACCCUUUUUAAAGAGGAUCUCAAUGAAGGUAUCAGUAAUGAAGACCAUCUUGAAGAUAAGACAGCAAUAAUUGCAAGAGUAAAAUAUAUACGGUGAAUGAAGUUAACAGUGAUAAUAAUGCCUCAGCUUGUACUGUGAAGACACUGACCACUGGUGAAACCAGCCAUUUCCUGAGCCAAAGAAGAGCUCAGGAUCCAAUACUGCCAAUUCUAUUAUAGGGAAAAUGCUUUUAAAAAAUUAUCCUGGAAAAGACAUUUUCUCAUUUUUCUUGCUAUUACUACAGUUGAUGUAUCUUAUCAAUUACCAGUCCUAUACUGAAUACUGCAAUGCUCUCUUACAUGCUUAUAUUAUUGAAGAAGGUUUUCUAAAUUGACUCACUCAAAAUGCUGUUUCAUAAACUCUACAUAUCCACAGGGUAAUCAAAUAUUUGUCUGAUUCUCAAAUGUCAAAUUGGAUGUGUUUUAUUAAUUUGAAAGUGAGAAACAAUCUUGUCUUUAAAAGCAUAUAGUGAUACAGUGCAGUUGCUGAAAGUAAACACUUUGAUGGUUCUUUGCCAUCAAAUAAAUACAAUUUGCUUCCUAAAAGGUUCUGAAUUGGAACACUUUCUGAAAGGGAAACACUUUGUUGUAGGUUUCUAUGUAGAACCUUUAAAGUUCCCCAAGAGGGACAAAUGAAGAACCCUUAAUGGUUAAAUUUCCGAAGAGUGUAUUUACUGUACAUUUUGAAUGUACGAUGGCUUUCACCUUUGACCUUAUCAAGCCAAGCUAAACCUUGCUAAGUAUGUAUGACAAUACAUACUCUUCAGUACAACACAGCAUACAGUUCAGUACAACACAGCAUACAGUAGACUCAGAGAGGCAUUGGUUAAUUGUCUUCUUUUUUUCCUGUUUGGUUUACAAGCUUUAUUUGGAUAUAUUGUACUACAAAAUGAAAGGACGCAAUUUCAGGAAGACAUUCAGGCACUAACUGAUGGUAGCAGUCCCUGAAAUGAAAACUAACUCCUCAGCAAUUCACUGCCAGCUGGCAUGAGUGAGAAAUAGUGAGGAACAGGAUCAGUCAAUUCACUGCUUUUUACAUAUGAUGAUAUGAUAUGUUCCAUCUGUUAGCAUUAGAGGCUGUUCUAUAGUAGUAGAAACAUAAAUAACUUUAAUUUUAUUAUAUAAUUUUAUGAAUGUUUAGUUCUUUUUAGAGUAAUCUUUGUUUUCAGAGCAAAUAAAUGCUUUACUUUAAAUCAAAUAAGGCUAUUGUGAAAGUAAGACACUAGCAGCCAAGCAGUCAGGUAUUCUUUUUUUUUUAAUUAAUGUAUUUUUGUGCUUUACCUCUUUAUAUUGCCUAUGUUAAUUGUUAUGGUUGCUGUAUUAUGUAUUAAACCUUAGCUAUAUGUCAUGGAACAAGUGAUUUUACAAGUAUGUUUGUAUUUGGGUGUGUGGGUGGGUGCACUACCAGCAACCAGCUCAGGAUAAAGCAGGUCAAAAGACCCACAUUCACAAGACUAAACAGUUCAGUUGGUAUAUUGGCCACCAGUAAUAAUGAGCUAGCUAAGAGCCAUAGCUCUGAUGUGAAGGACUCGGGGGAUUAGAGCAGAACUAGCUGUUCUCACUAAAAACCAUUACAGAACAGCUCAGCUUUAUGUGUCUUGACACAAGCCAUGAAUAAUGAAUUUUCUGUUUGUACAACAUCAUUGGUGUCACUGACAUUAUUUAGUGAACUGCAUCAAAUACGAUUCUAGAAGAAACACAAUCAUGGGAGAUGUUACACUGUGCUUUGGAUGCUUAAAGUAAAUUAGAAUUCUAUUUGCCUGCCAAAAGUGAAUGACAACAAGCUUCUGUUGGCAUCAUGAAGAGAUGAUGUUCUCCAAACAGUCUGGCCCCUGGUAUGUGUCUGGUUUUGUUUGUUUGUUUGUUUGUGUAUGUGUGUGUGU